UCCCAUAACAUCUUGUUUCAAUUUCUAACUGCGUUCAUCCAAAUCCCACAACGAUGGCCGCGAAAGAACGCCACCGUAUCUACCGGAAACCUGCGCGCCAACCGCCGCCGGAAGCAGAAGAACAACAACAAGGCCUCCAUGAAACCUUACCGAAACGCCGCCGCGAAGGAGAAUACUGAUCCGCACCAGGUAGUUGAGCAAAUUGAAGUUGAGUAUGUGCCGGAGAAGGCCGAGCUAGGCGAAGGCUUGGAUGAAGAAUUUAGAAAAAUCUUUGACAAGUUUAGUUUCGGCGUUGUUACUGGUUUUCAGGAUAAUGGCAAGAAGGAUGAGUCGGCAGAAAAUGCAACUACUAAUAAGAAGGCAGACUCUGAUUCUGAAGAGGAAGAAAAUGAUAAUGAGCAAAAAGAGAAAGGCAUCAUCUCAAACAAGAAGAAAAAGCUUCAACGCCGUAUGACAAUUGCGGAACUGAAACAGAUUUGCUCAAGGCCUGAUGUUGUUGAGGUGUGGGAUGCUACAUCUGCUGAUCCAAAGUUGCUGGUGUUCUUGAAAUCUUAUCGAAACACUGUAACAGUACCUAGGCAUUGGAGUCAGAAGAGAAAUUUUUUGCAGGGGAAAAGAGGUAUUGAGAAACGACCCUUUCAGCUUCCUGAUUUCAUUGCUGCCACAGGAAUUGAGAAACUCAGACAGGCUUAUAUUGAGAAAGAGGAUAGUAAAAAGUUAAAACAUAAGCAGAGGGAGCGCAUACAGCCAAAAAUGGGGAAAAUGGAUAUCGAUUAUCAGGUUCUUCAUGAUGCAUUCUGUAAGUAUCAGACAAAGCCAAAGCUGACAUCUCUUGGGGACUUGUAUUAUGAAGGAAAAGAAUUUGAGGUAAAGUUGUGGGAGGCAAAUCCUGGCAUGUUAUCACACAAAUUAAAAGAAGCUCUUGGUAUGCCUGUGGGUGCUCCUCCUCCAUGGCUGGUUAAUAUGCAGAGAUAUGGUCCACCACCAUCAUACCCUCAUCUGAAGAUCCUGGGCCUGAAUGCUCCAAUUCCCCCUGGAGCUAGUUUUGGUUAUCAUCAUGGUGGCUGGGGCAAGCCUCCUGUUGAUGAAUAUGGGCGUCCGCUUUAUGGAGAUGUUUCUGGUGUUCAUCAACAAGAGCAGCCUAAUUAUGAGGAAGAGCCUGUUGAUAAGCGCAAACACUGGGGUGACUUGGAGGAGCAGGAGGAAGAGGAGGAGGAGGAGGAGGAGGAGGAGGAGGAGGAGGAGGAACAUGAAGCGGGUAUUCAGUCUGUUGAUAGUCUGUUGAGCACUCCCACCGGAGUGGAGACACCUGGUGUUAUUGACGUUCGAAAGAAGCAGAGGAAGGAACCUGAAAGGCCUCUUUGUCAAGUACUUCAAGAGAAGGAGGAAAAAGCUCAUCCAGGAACUUUGUUUGGAACCACACACACUUAUGUGAUUGGCACUGGUACCCAGGAUAAGUCAGGGGCUAAAAGGGUUGAUUUGCUUAGAGGUCAAAAGACAGAUAAAGUGGAUGUCACUUUACAGCCAGAAGAGUUGGAUACCAUGGAAAAUGAUUUACCUGCAAAGUAUGCAAAAGCAAAGGAGGAAAAAGAGUCACAGAGACGGCAUGAGGAUUUCAGUGACAUGGUUGCAGAGAAUGAGAAUGAGAAGAAGAGGAAGAGAAAGAUGCAAGAAAAGGAGAGCAAAUCCAAGAAGAAGCACUUUUAAGUUAAGGUGGUUCCAAUACUUUUUGCUGGAAAAUGAGGAAUCCUUUCAUGAGACAGAUACUUAGUUAAAUUGUUUUAGGCGUGAUGAUUCGAAGUGUGAUAGAAAUGUUUGUUGGAGCAAAUUGCGAACAAGGGUAUCCGUGAUAGUAUUCUGACUUGAAUUUUUGGAUCCUUUCUUCGUUUCUGUUUCCUAUCUUUAAAGCUAAAAUUUAGUAUCA